UCUUUUACAAAAUGUUUUCAUUAUUUAAGGCACACACCAUGUUUUUUAGAUACACAAAACACCAGAAUCUUUUUUUUUUAAGAAGAUCUUUUCAUAGUUCAGUAAUAAGUAAAAGUAUUAUAACUCAAUUAUCUCCUUCAAAAAUAAUAACUAUACCUAAAACACCGCAAAUAAAUAACUUUUUUUCUUUUUCAUUAUCAAGACGAUAUGCUACAACUGUAAUAAAAAACCCACAGAAAGAUGAAGAAGGAAAUGAUAUGUGUAUUGAAAUUACAAAUCGAGCUGUAACGCAGCUUAAAUAUAUAUCAGGUCAAGAAAAAAUUUUUAAUAACGCACUAAGGGUAGCAGUUGAUUCAGGAGGAUGUCAUGGGUUUCAAUAUUUUUAUGAUUUGAUUGAUUCAAAUUCUAUUAAAGAGGAUGAUGUUGUAUUUGAGAAUGAUGGGGUUAAAGUAGUUAUAGAUGAAAUUUCUUUAGGUUUGAUUAAAGGAUCAAAAAUAGAUUAUACAGAAGAAUUAAUUGGAUCACAAUUUCAAGUUUCUGAUAAUCCCCAGGCUGCAUCAGGUUGUGGUUGCGGAAUAAGUUUUGAAAUUAAAGUUUGAUAAUUAAAUUAAAUUAUUUUAAUAUUACACCUAAAUAAAGGUAUUUCAUGACAAUUAUAGUAAUUUCAUUUAAACAUAGCUUAAUAACGAUUGUAUCUGCAUUACAAAUUAGAUAAAUAAUUUUUUA